CAACUUUGAUGAGCGGAACCCCAGUGUUAUCAUAUAAAAAACCGCUGACUCAGAAAGAUGUGAAGGCCACUGCGGCAUAUACCACUAUUUCGCUGAUGCCUAAGGAUGCUGGGACGAUGUCUCCUAAUGUGGGUGUUGCCAAUGCCUCAGGAACCAGAAAGGUUCUGUCUCGAAGAAAGGCUCUUCAAGAGUUCUACCACAUCCAACAGCAGCGCAAACAGCAGGAACAAGCACAAGUACAGGAGCAAGAACAGAAGGUUCCAGUGGAGGCCGAAGUUGACCCGAUUAACUUGGAGGACCCGGUGCGGUUUCAAGAGUAUGUCAAAACCACCCCCAUUCAAGAUAUAUUAAAGCUACGAAACUCGAUUGGCAGUGAGUUAAACUCCCAUAACCUGGAGAAAAAAUCCAUUAUUUACGACAACUAUUAUGAAUUGAUCAAGUUGAAUCAAACCUUACAGAAAUUGUCCACCCCAGUAGUACCAGCUAAAGAUGACAAUGGCGAAGCUUUUACUGGAUUGAAAGAUCUCGAUGAAACCGGCCCUAAAAUCGAUGAACACUACAUUCUCAGCUCCUUAAACGACUUGAAAGAUUUCCUUGACACCAAGGCUAACGUCUACAAUGACAGUUUUGUAAAUGUGAUCACCAAUUUGCAAGCAAAAUAUCAAACUCCAGACUCUGAAUCGGUAUCUAGCGUGCGCGGGGUUAUCAAUGACGGUGAAGAUGUGGUUGUAUUCCCAGAAUCUGUUGAAAAAUUGGACCUCGUGAACGAGAUAAACUUAGUUUUGUCGAGCAGUAGCACUGGAGAGAUAGCCCCCAAAAUUGAUGCCAUUAUGAGUAAGCUUGAUGCUAACAAAGACGAGUUGCUUAUAUUGCAACUAAAUGACGUAAAGAAGUCGGCACUCCAGUAAAGUGAUUAAUAACAUACACAAGGUAAUACAAUUGAAUCAAGUGACUCCAUAAAUGAACUCGGAAACUCGGGUGUUCCCAUCUAAUAUACAUGCACAAUCUAUAAAAUAUUCUCCACGUUGUGACUCUUGAACUUCUUGGUGGAUCUGUCCACAGCCCUGGUAUCAAUCCGUGAUCCGAUGAGUGUGAAGCUAAGAUACUUGUCAUCCUGUUCAGUCUGGUUCGGAAGCUCUAAAUCAAACGUGAAAAGAGUAAACUUCUUGGGUACAAACCUAAACCCUCCAACCUGUUUAGCAGGGGUGGCAUCUUCAUCUUCAUCACGUUCAACACAUAUUAUGAAUGUGUACUGUGUAUCGUACACCACUAUCCCUUUCAAUCCGAGAAGAUUGGGGUUUCGAGAGUCCAAAACCGUCAAUAGACAUCCACUGUACUCAGCAGUCGCAAGACGUGCAAGUAUCAUCUGCUUAUUGGGUAGUUUGUCUUCGGGUGACUUUAUUUCUGGAAAUGCAAGGGAUUGAGCGUAGUCGUUCCAAAGUCUAUUCAUGGGUAGGAACUCUUCGUAUGUGGGUAUUUGGAAUUUGACGAUCAACUUACUGAGAGGGAACGGUUUCUUUGGUGUUUUGAGCUUCAACCGAUUGUACUCCUGGAUUUUGCGGACCAAACUAUCCUGGUUCUUCUUCACCGUCUUUAAGUACGUUCUUGCCUCGAGUCUGGUGUUAGUUUUGCGUUUUUUGAGUUGUUCAUCUAUGUAUGUGGGCUCAGAGUGAAGAAGGGACUUGGCCUUGGACUCCUCAGUUUUGGUGGGCAAAAGCACCAACGACGGCUUUUGAGCGCCUGUAAAAGUAUACCUGGUCUCAAGAAGCUCAUCUAUCUUCUCUCGGUCCGAAAAACAUCGAGACAAAAGAUGUCUCUCCAAUUCAUUCUUCUCAAGCAUUGGUGAUGUG